AUGAAGGGCUUUGUUACUGUGAAGGUCACCUUAGCCAUGCUUAUGGCUGCUAUUGUGGAUGCCAAGAUCUAUGAACGCUGUGAACUGGCACUGAAGCUGGAGAGGGCAGGCCUCAACAGCUUCAAGGGCUACACCGUUGGAGACUGGCUGUGCAUGGCACACUAUGAGAGUGGUUUUGACACUUCCUUCGUGGACCACAAUCCUGACGGCAGCAGUGAAUACGGCAUUUUCCAGCUGAACUCUGCCUGGUGGUGUGACAAUGGGAUUACACCCACCCAGAACCUCUGUCACAUGGAUUGUCGUGACCUGCUCAACCACCAUCUUCUAGAUGAUAUCUUGUGUGCCAGGCAGGUGGUGUCCUCACAGAAUGGUAUGACUGCUUGGUACAGAUACCAGGCAGAAAGAAAUUCCAAAUACAUGUCUCCUAUACUCCGAGCUUGAGGGAAAGAAAGCACACAUUGCUCUAACAGAAAUUGGAACAAGAAAGGAACAAUAAAUAUAAGUGACUCUGUUUAAGAAAAAUGCCUUCAAAUUGAGGAAAGACUGUGAAAAUAGGUUUAGAGAGCCAUAAAUAAGAAAAAGGAUUUUGAAAAGGAGCAGAUCCAGGAGUUUGAGGGAGGGGACUCAAAUAGAAUGGGAAGAAUCUUUCAGGAAGGCUGAAAGCAAUGAAUGUGACCAAGAGAAUGAGCAGAAGUACAAGGCAGAUUGUAGUCUGGUUCCUCACCACUUCAUUCCAAGAUUACCAUGAAACAACAACCCACAAGACUAACAAUUUGGAGUUAACAGAAAAAGUUCAUAUGCUUAAGGAAGAUAUUUCCCAGCUUUUAAAGAUGUCUGUUCCUCACUGACCCACUGGGGUCUUACUCAUCAUCUCCAUCUGUCCCUUUCUUAUUUAUCUGUAUAACUCAAGCUUGGAAUUUCUCUCUUUAUGAUCCAGAGUCCUCCCUUCUCCAAACAGGUAAUCACAUCUGGUUUGAUAACAGGAUACCCUGCUAUGGAAAUGAUAUAUGAUUUGGGCACACCAAUGUGGGCUUCAGGGCCUCAGAGUAAUUAGGAAGUACCUGUUGAUAAGCAUAAAUUUCACAUGAGAGAUGAAAAUACACUCUGUUCAGUAUAAGAGGGAUUAGGAACUUUUAAUCCCUGGAACUUGAGGUCAAAGUAUUGAAACACUUCAGAGAUGUAAUGUUAUCCUAUUUGGUACACUGUAAAUUACUCAGGGAAGCCAUCCUCACACACAGUGACCACAUGACUAUAGUUCUAUGGCAUCACAUCUCUGUAAAGUGUCCACCGAGAGGAGUCCAGAUGAUUCCACUCCUCCUGCGUGAAGUCCACAGCCACAUCCUCAAAUGACACCAAUCCCUGGAGUUGCAUACUUCUGUUCAUUAAGUCUGAUAGAAAUUUAAAUAAUAUAUUUUAAGAUAAAAGGAAUAUUCUUCAGAGAGAGGCUACUGUUUAAUAAUUUCAAAAAAGCCUUCUCUGAGAUGUUUGCAAUACCUAUCGCUAGUGAAGGGCUUUUA